AUGCUCCCUCCCCAUCCCUUCCCUCCCCAUCCCCGCCUCCCCAUCCGUUCCCUCAGUUGCUUGACCUCCCAGUCUCUCAUCUUACCAUACAUCUUCUCCCCAUCCCUCACCUCCCCAUCCCUUCCCUCCCCAUCCCUCACCUCCCCAUCCCUCACCUCCCCAUCCGUCAUCUCCCCAUCCCUCAUCUCCCCAUCCCCCAUCUCCCCUUCCCUCCUCUCCCCAUCCCCCAUCUCCCCAUCCCUAAUCUCCCCAUCCCUCAUCUCCCCAUCCCGCAUCUCCCCAUCCCUCAUCUCCCCAUCCCCCAUCUCCCCUUCCCCAUCUCCCCAAUCUGCCCCACCCCAUUCCGCCCCACCCCUUUCCGCCAUGCCCUCUAACUUCCCAUCCCCUUUUCCUCGUUUCUCCAUCCCUCCCUCCCGCCCUGUCCUAUCCCCUCCUCCCGCCCUGUCCUAUCCCCUCACCCCACCCUGUCCUAUCCCCUCACCCCACCCUGUCCACACCCCAUCUCCUCCACACCCCAUCCCCUCCACACCCCAUCUCUUCCUCACCCCAUCUCCUCCUCACCCCGUCUCUUCCUCACCCCAUCUCUUCCUCACCCCAUCUCUUCCUCACCCCAUCUCCUCCUCACCCCGUCUCUUCCUCACCCCAUCUCUUCCUCACCCCAUCUCUUCCUCACCCCAUCUCUUCCUCACCCCAUCUCUUCCUCACCCCGUCUCCUCCUCACCCCGUCUCUUCCUCACCCCAUCUCUUCCUCACCCCAUCUCUUCCUCACCCCAUCUCUUCCUCACCUCAUCUCUUCCUCACCCCGUCUCCUCCUCACCCCGUCUCUUCCUCACCCCAUCUCCUCCUCACCCCGUCUCUUCCUCACCCCAUCUCUUCCUCACCCCAUCUCUUCCUCACCCCAUCUCUUCCUCACCCCAUCUCUUCCUCACCCCAUCUCUUCCUCACCCCAUCUCUUCCUCACCCCAUCUCUUCCUCACCCCAUCUCUUCCUCACCCCAUCUCUUCCUCACCCCGUCUCUUCCUCACCCCGUCUCUUCCUCACCCCGUCUCUUCCUCACCCCAUCUCUUCCUCACCCCGUCUCUUCCUCACCCCGUCUCUUCCUCACCCCGUCUCUUCCUCACCCCAUCUCUUCCCCACCCCGUCUCUUCCUCACCCCGUCUCUUCCUCACCCCAUCUCUUCCUCACCCCAUCUCUUCCUCACCCCGUCUCUUCCUCACCCCAUCUCUUCCUCACCCCAUCUCUUCCUCACCCCAUCUCUUCCUCACCCCAUCUCUUCCUCACCCCGUCUCUUCCUCACCCCGUCUCUUCCUCACCCCGUCUCUUCCUCACCCCGUCUCUUCCUCACCCCAUCUCUUCCUCACCCCAUCUCUUCCUCACCCCAUCUCUUCCUCACCCCAUCUCUUCCUCACCCCAUCUCUUCCUCACCCCGUCUCUUCCUCACCCCGUCUCUUCCUCACCCCGUCUCUUCCUCACCCCGUCUCUUCCUCACCCCAUCUCUUCCUCACCCCGUCUCUUCCUCACCCCGUCUCUUCCUCACCCCAUCUCUUCCUCACCCCAUCUCUUCCUCACCCCGUCUCUUCCUCACCCCAUCUCUUCCUCACCCCAUCUCUUCCUCACCCCAUCUCUUCCUCACCCCAUCUCUUCCUCACCCCGUCUCUUCCUCACCCCGUCUCUUCCUCACCCCGUCUCUUCCUCACCCCGUCUCUUCCUCACCCCAUCUCUUCCUCACCCCAUCUCUUCCUCACCCCAUCUCUUCCUCACCCCAUCUCUUCCUCACCCCAUCUCUUCCUCACCCCAUCUCUUCCUCACCCCAUCUCUUCCUCACCCCAUCUCUUCCUCACCCCAUCUCUUCCUCACCCCAUCUCUUCCUCACCCCAUCUCUUCCUCACCCCGUCUCUUCCUCACCCCGUCUCUUCCUCACCCCGUCUCUUCCUCACCCCAUCUCUUCCUCACCCCUCACCCCUUGUGCUUUUCUGCACCAAGGAGCUGCUUGGGGCGCGGUGGACAGAUGGCGGCGGGCAGGUUGUCAUUCUUUUGAAUGCUCACCGGCUGCUUCAGCCAUGA